AAAAUAAGUUGCUUGAAAUAAUAAAAAGAGUAAAAAGGAAAAGAAAUGGGUGGGUGGGCUGCCUGGUGAUGUGUGGAACCCAACGACGGAGAUGAUGAUGAAAAACACCAAUCUUCUUCUUUCCUUCUUCACUAACUAAGAAACCUUCAUAUUCUAUUCAUCCCUUUUAUUACUACACAUGGAUGCCGUCGAAACCUUAUUACUAGUUUCCAACAACAAUUUAUCUUCUUUCUAUUAUAAUAAUAAUACAUCAUCAAUCCCUAAACCAUCUCUUUUCAGUUUAUCAACAACUAGCACAAGACUAAGAAGAAGAAAUUGCCCUAAAAUAUUAUUAAAUUGUAGUAGUACUAGUAGCUGUUCCACAUCUGGAUUCAGCCACAAAUUUAUCCUCACAAACUUCUUUUUUGAUUCAAAAGUAAACCCUCCACGGUGCGGAUGUUAUAAUAUUCUCCCAAGAUUCACUUCUUCUUCUUCUUCUGCUGCUGUUUCGGUUAAAAGCAGCAACUUUGAAACCAACCCUCCUAACAAUCAUAAUAAUAAUAAUGUGGGUUUUGGUUUUCUUGAAAUCUUGUUUAAGAAAGGAAUCAUUUUGACGGCGGCGGUGGUGGGGGUUUUCAUGUUUGGAUGUAAAGGGGUGGCAAUUGCUGCUGCUACUACUACCACCACCGCUCAAGGGGGGUUAUUUAAUGAUGUUGCUUUAUUCGAGCAGAUUAAGCUGUCAUUCAUCAAUUCUUUGCCCAAACUCUUAAUGCUUCUCAAGGUUUUCAAAGAACAGGGUUUGAUCUUGGCCGCUCUUUUCGGUCUGUCGGCUUUUUUCUCUAUGGCCGAGACUUCGAUUACCACUCUUUGGCCUUGGAAGGUUCGAGAAUUGGCCGACAAAGAGCCUGAUAAUGGUGUGUUCAAAAUGCUCAGGAACGAUGUUACCCGGUUCUUGACAACCAUACUUAUCGGCACCACUGUUGUCAAUAUCGGGGCAACGGCACUAGUUACUGAAGCGGCAACCACAAUAUUUGGUGAAGCAGGUGUUAGUGCAGCCACGGGAGUAAUGACGGUUGCUGUUUUGCUACUCACUGAAAUAACUCCAAAAAGUAUAGCUGUACAUAAUGCCACUGAGGUUGCUAGAUUUGUGGUCAGGCCAAUUGCAUGGCUUUCUUUAGUCUUAUAUCCAGUUGGAAGAGUUGUAACCUAUCUCUCAAUGGGAAUGCUGAAGCUACUUGGUCUCAAAGGAAGAAGUGAGCCAUAUGUAACUGAGGAUGAACUGAAGCUGAUGUUGCGAGGAGCUGAACUAAGUGGGGCCAUAGAAGAGGAAGAACAGGAUAUGAUUGAAAAUGUUCUAGAAAUAAAAGACACGUAUGUUCGUGAGGUUAUGACACCUUUGGUUGAUGUUGUAGCCAGUGAUUCUAGUGCAACACUUGUUGAUUUCCACACUUUGUGGGUAACUCAUCAGUAUUCAAGGGUACCGGUGUUUGAGCAACGUGUUGAUAAUAUAGUGGGUAUCGCGUAUGCAAUGGAUCUAUUAGACUACGUUCAGAAGGGAGACCUACUGGAAACUACCACUGUCGGGGAUAUGGCUCAUAAGCCUGCUUAUUUUGUGCCGGAUUCAAUGUCAGUGUGGAAUCUUCUUAGGGAAUUUCGCAUCAGGAAGGUACACAUGGCUGUUGUCCUUAACGAAUAUGGCGGGACUGUAGGGAUUGUUACACUGGAAGAUGUGGUUGAAGAAAUUGUUGGUGAAAUUUUUGAUGAAAAUGAUUCGAAAGAGGAAAUUGAGAAGAAGACUGGGUACAUCGUCAUGCGAGCUGAAGGAAUAUAUGAUGUGGAUGCAAAUACAUCCAUUGACCAGCUUUCUGAAGAUCUCAACAUCAAGAUGCCAGAGGGUCAUCAAUAUGAAACAGUGUCAGGAUUUGUGUGUGAGGCAUUUGGAUACAUUCCAAGGACAGGGGAAAGUAUAAAAGUGGUACUGGAGAAGGAAGAAGAUCAUGACGAGUAUACUGAAGAUGAUGGUGAUCGUCAAAAUUAUAAAGAAAAAGAAAAGAACCAAGUAUUUCAAAUAGAGAUUCUAACAGGAAAUGCAAGAAAGGUUGGUGCGGUGAGGUUUGAACGUGUAACGCACGAGGAGGAAGGGGACGGGGAGGUGAAAAAGAUGGUUCCAAAACUAAUGAAAAGGAAAUGGGGAGGUGAAGAUGAGAAUGGAACGAUUGGGAGGAUUGAGGAUGAAAAACCAAUACAUGAUGUAAUCCCACAACAUGAAGAAAUGAAGGGAGAAUAAUCAUAUAACUUUGUUUUUGUUUUGUUUUCUUCAUAAAUGCUGCAAGAUAUUCAUUCAGGCCAAAUGAGCAAAUACUAGUAGAUGUAGAGAAAGAGAUUCAUGGUUAUUUAUUUAAUAAAAAAAAAAAGAGGAGGGAGGAGGAUACAAAGCAAGUAAAGCAAAUCCAUCCUAAAUGUCGACACCUCUGCCUUAUGUAAUAUAUCUAGAACUGUUCUUGUAGGCCGAGUGCCUUUUUCAAGGAAAUAGAGAAUAGUAGGAACGUUUAUAUAAGUUUGAUUCUUGAUCGGAUUAUAAAAAAAGGAUUUUGGACUUA